GGUAUAAGAACAGAGAGUUUCUCUAUCAGGACUGGUCUCCCUGGUACCAACAGCUGGUCAGCAGUGAGGAAGCAGUCACAUACUCCUGUGCUAUCAAAGGCUACGAGCAUCUCAGAGCCCCUGAAGUCUCAGUGGAUUCUGUCACAUCGAGCUGCUUUAGUGUGACCUAUGCUAAAGGCAGAAUGUGUUCUUAUCAGGAGAAAUUAGAAGUUGAGCCCUGCUCCAUCACAUAUCCCACAGGUUUAGUUUUCCCAAACUACCACAAACACACAAACACUGCUAUCACCCUGCUCCCUUUCAAGUCACAUUUUCACAGAGUAGAUGAAUAAGCGUCAUUUAUUCUAAUUGUUCAUAGAGUCAAAUCUUUGCUUUGUUGAAAAAAAUCUGUUUUUACCUCCUCAUCGGCACAAUGACUUUAGUCUUAUUGUAAUUUUUCAUUACAACUCUUGUUGUUUAAACAAAGCUUCAGAGUUACCUAUAACUAUUUGUCACAGUAACUAAUGGAGUAAUUAUUUUCUCCUAACAGAAGUACAUGUUCAAAAGACUCCUGCAGGCAAGUUUGUCAAAGUGUGCUGUAAUACCAGCUGUCCUCUGACUGAUUCACAAGCUUCCUACAGUUGGUAUCACAACAAAACCCUCUACACAUCCUCUAAGAAUCCACUUUGUCUAAAUUCCAGUCUCUCUGAUAUAAACUGGUCUUGUGCUGUAAAAGGCUAUGAGGAUCUGUUCUCUGCUGAAGUCUGUAUCAAUGAUAAGAUGUGUUCAAUUGUAAAUUAUGUCAAAAGGAGAAUCUGUGCUCUGCAAGGUUCUUCAGUGAACAUUUCAAGUGAAUACUCUUAUCCUUACAACAAGCAGCCAAAGUCUAAAUUUUGGUAUAAAACAAAGAGAAGUGGUGAGGAGGAAGCUGAAAAGCGGGUUAAAGCUGUUAGUCGUCGUGUGGAGUAUCAUGAUAAGAUGAAGAACCACCACAUCCUGACAAUAAAGAAGCUGAGGAAGAAUGACUCAGCAGAAUACACAUUCAGGCUCCAGCAACACAAUGAAGGAUGGAAACAGUCUGAUCUACCUGGAGUAAUUCUGAUCGUCACAGACCUGAGAGUGAAGUUUACUCCCUCUGCAGAGGUGACAGAGGGUCAGAGAGUCACACUGACCUGCAGUACCAGCUGUCCUCUGACUGAUGACACCAACUACCUUUGGUACAUGAACAGUCGACCUCUGACCCUGCCAGAGAAGCAAACCAAACACCUGGUUCUGGACCCAGUCAGCAGUCAGCAUGCAGGAAAAUACUCCUGUGCUGUUCAAACCCACAACAUCAGCUCAUCUGAAAAGACUCUCACAGUCAAAAAUAAAAUGGGCAAAUGGACACCAGCAGCAGCUGCAGGAGUCUGUGCUGUUCUCCUGGUCAUCAUACCUCUUCCUGUCUUCUUGUGGAUUAGAAAAAAGAGGACUUCCAGACAGUCUCGUAGAACUGAAACCUCAGACAACAUGGAACAGCUAAACCCUGGUCCUGUGUAUGACGAGAUCUCAGCUCAACCAACAGAGAGGGAUGACCUUCACUACAGCACGGUCCACUUCUCUAAGAAACUCACAGAUCAUCUUUACUCCACCGUCCAGCCACAUCAGCCCAGAGAACAGGAGCAUGUCCAUUACGCUGUGGUCAACUUUAGACAUGUCAGGAGCCCCGAGUGAGCAUCUGUUGUCAUUACAAAAGAUUUUGACUCUACAGAAGGAUUUUGAGAGAGAUCAGCAGAGCUCCAGAGUACAGAUCUCUGGUCGUUUAAAAACAUCUCCCAUGAACAGAAACACAUCAGCAAACAGUGGAAAAUAUUACUGCACACACAUCCUGCAAGGGUGCUGAGAAAAUGUAACUCAUUGCACCAGUUACAUUACAUUAUUACUGUCUGAGAUCAUGUGCUGUGAUGAGCAGUCAGGGGUCCCUUUAGCAUGUUAUAUGUGAAUAGAUGGUGUUGUUUCAAUUAUCUGUAUGUUUGUUAAAGCUUCAGAUGUACAAGACAGAACAAAUUAUACUCUUCAUUUCAUUCAUUUCCCUGUGAUAGACAGACAUUAAUCCAUGUGAAAAAGUGAGGGUGGUCACAAUGC